GACGCAGCGGGCGGGCGGGAGGACUCGGCGGGAGCCCCUAGAGCCGGGCGCCCGGGGACGUAACCUGUAGGGCCACCGGGUCCCCGUCAGGGGCGGCGGCGGGAGCAGCGGGGACUGCAGGCCGGGGCGGAGCGAGCGCGGCCCGGCGGGCUGCGGCCGGGUGUGUGCGGCGCGUGGCGGGCGCAGCUUACCAGGCGAAGGUGAGUGCGGCGCCGGCUCCUCCUGCGGCGGACUUUGGGUGCAACUUGACGAGUGGUGGUUUGACAAGUGGCCUUGGGGGCCGAAUCGUCCCAGUGGAAGAGUUGUAAAUUUGCUUCUGCAAACCUUUUGGUACCUGGCCUUCCCCUACGGAUUAUACUCAACUUCUUGUUUAGAAAAUGGGGCCCACAAGACGCCUGGUUACUAUCAAAAGGAGCGGGGUCGACGGUCCCCACUUUCCCCUGAGCCUCAGUACCUGCUUGUUUGGAAGGGGUAUUGAAUGUGAUAUCCGUAUCCAGCUUCCUGUUGUGUCAAAGCAACACUGCAAAAUUGAAAUCACUGAGCAGGAGGCAAUAUUACAUAAUUUCAGUUCCACAAAUCCAACACAAGUAAAUGGGUCUGUUAUUGAUGAGCCUGUACAGCUAAAACAUGGAGAUGUAAUAACUAUUAUUGAUCGAUCUUUCAGGUAUGAAAAUGAAAGUUUUCAGAAUGGAAGGAAGUCAACUGAAUUUCCAAGAAAAAUACGUGAACAGGAGCCAGCACGUCGUGUCUCAAGAUCUAGCUUCUCUCCUGACCCUGAUGAGAGUGAGGGAAUACCUUUGAAAAGAAGGCGUGUGUCCUUUGGUGGGCACCUAAGACCUGAAUUGUUUGAUGAAAACUUGCCUCCUAAUACGCCUCUCAAAAGGGGAGAAACCCCAACCAAAAGAAAGUCUCUGGUAACGCACACUCCACCUGUCCUGAAGAAAAUCAUCAAGGAACAGCCUCAACCAUCAGGAAAACAAGAGUCAACUUCAGAAAUCUGUGUGGAAGUGAAGGCACAAAGCUUGGUUAGAAGCCCUCCAGCUCCUAGUCCUAGGAAAACUCCAGUUGCCAAUGAUCAACGCCGUAGGUCCUGCAAAGCAGCCCCUGCUUCCAGCAGCAAAUCUCAGACAGAGGUUCCUAAGAGAGGAGGGAGAAAGAGCGGCAACCUGCCUUCAAAGAGAGCAUCUAUCAGCCGAAGUCAACAUGAUAUUUUACAGAUGAUAUGUUCCAAAAGAAGAAGUGGUGCUUCGGAAGCCAAUCUAAUUGUUGCAAAAUCAUGGGCAGAUGUAGUAAAACUUGGUGCAAAACAAACACAAACUAAACUCAUAAAACAUGGUCCUCAAAGGUCAAUGAACAAAAGGCAAAGAAGACCUGCUACUCCGAAGAAGCCUGUGGGCGAAGUUCACAGUCAAUUUAGUACAGGCCAUGCAAACUCUCCUUGUACCAUAAUAAUAGGGAAGGCUCAUACUGAAAAAGUACACGUGCCUGCUCGACCCUACAGAAUGCUCAACAACUUCGUUUCCAACCAAAAAAUGGACUUUAAGGAAGAUCUUUCAGGAAUAGCUGAAAUGUUCAAGACCCCAGUGAAGGAGCAACCACAGUUGACAAGCACAUGUCACGUCGCUAUUUCAAAUUCAGAGAAUUUGCUUGGGAAACAAGUUCAAGCAACUAAUUCAGGAGAAGAACCUCUGCUGCCCACCUCAGAGAGUUUUGGAGGAAAUGCGUUCUUCAGUGCACAGAAUUCAGCAAAACAGCCAUCUGAUAAAUGCUCUGCAAGCCCUCCCUUAAGACGGCAGUCUAUUAGAGAAAAUGGAAACAUAGCAAAAACUCCCAGGAACACCUACAAAAUAACUUCCGUGGAGACAAAAACUUCAGAUACUGAGACAGAGCCUUCAAAAACAGUAUCCAUCGUAAACAAGUUAAGAAGGUCUAUGGAGUUCAGAAAUAUACAGAAGCUACCUAUAGAAAGUAAGAGUGAAGAAACAAAUACAGACACUGUUGAGCGCAUCCUAAAAAGAUGUCAGAAGGCAACACUACUACAACAAAGGAGAGAAGGAGAGAUGAAGGAAAUAGAAAGACCUUUUGAGACAUAUAAGGAAAAUAUUGAAUUAAAAGAAAAUGAUGAAAAGACGAAAGCAGUGAAGAGAUCAAGAAGAACUUGGGGUCCGAAAUGUGAACCAACGUCUGAUCUGACAGACCUCAAGAGCUUGCCUGAUACAGAACACACGAAAGACACGGCAUGUGGCCAGGAUCUCCUCCAAACCCAAGAUCAUGCCAAGGCACCAAAGAGUGAGAAGGGCAAAAUCACUAAAAUGCCCUGCCAGUCAUUACAACCAGAACGAAUAAACACCCCAACACACAUAAAACAACAGCCGAAGGCAUCCCUGGGGAAAGUGGGUGUGAAAGAAGAGCUCUUAGCAGUCGGCAAGCUCACACGGACGUCAGGGGAAACCACACAUACACACAGAGAGCCAGCAGAAGAUGGCAAGAACAUCAGAAUGUUUAAGGAGUCUCCAAAGCAGAUCCUGAACCCAGCAGCCUGUGUAACUGGAAUGAAGAAGUGGCCAAGAACGCCUAAGGAAGAGGCGCGAUCACUAGAAGACCUGGCCGGCUUCAAAGAGCUCUUCCAGACACCAGGUCCCACUGAGGAAUCAAUGACUAAAGAGAAAACUAUCAAAAUAGCCUGCAAAUCUCCACCACCAGAAUCAGUGGACACUCCAACAAGCACAAGGCAACGGCCUAAGAGAGGUAUCAGGAAAGCAGAUGUAGAGGAAGAAUUCUUAGCACUCAGGAAACUAACACCAUCAGCAGGGAAAACCAUGCACACACCCAAACCAACAGGAGGUGAUGAGAAAGAUAUUAAAGCUUUUAUGGGAACUCCAGUGCAGAAACUGGACCUGCCAGGAACUUUACCUGGCAGCAAGAGACAGCUGCAAACUCCCAAGGGAAAGGCCCAGGCUCUAGAAGACCUGGCUGGCUUUAAAGAACUAUUCCAGACUCCUGUUCUUACUGAGGAAUUAGUGGCUGCCGGCAAAACCACUAAAAUAUCCUGCAAAUCUCCACAGCCAGACCCAGUGGACACCCCAACAAGCACAAAGCAACGGCCCAAGAGAAGUCUCAGGAAAGCAGAUGUAGAGGGAGAAUUCUUAGCAUUCAGGAAACUAACACCGGCAGCUGGCAAAGCCAUGCACAUACCUAAACCAGCAGUAGGUGAAGAGAAAGGCAUCAACACAUUUGUGGGAACUCCAGUGCAGAAACUGGACCUGACAGAGAACUUAACUGGCAACAAGAGAUGGCCACAUACUCCUAAGGAAAAGGCCCAGGCUCUGGAAGACCUGACUGGCUUUAAAGAGCUCUUCCAGACACCUGGUCAUACUGAGGAAGCAGUGGCUGCUGGCAAAACUACUAAAAUGCCCUGCAAAUCUUCUCCACCAGAAUUAGCAGACACCCCAACAAGCACAAGAAGGCAGCCCAAGACACCUCUGGGGAAAAGGGAUGUACAGAAAGAGCUCUCAGCUCUGAAGAAGCUCACACAGACCACACACACAGACAAAGUACCAGGAGGUGAGGAUAAAAGCAUCAAAGCAUUUAAGGAAACUGCAAAACAGAGACUGGACCCAGCAGCAAGUGUAACUGGUAGCAAGAGGCAGCCGAGAACUCCUAAGAGAAAAGCCCAACCCCUAGAAGACCUGGCUGGCUUGAAAGAGCUCUUCCAGACACCAGUAUGCACUGACAAGCCCACAACUCAUGAGAAAACUACCAAAAUAGCCUGCAGAUCUCCACAACCAGACUCAGUGGACACACCAACAAGCUCUAAGCCACAGUCCAAGAGAAGUCUCAGGAAAGUGGAUGUAGAAGAUUUCUUAGCACUCAAGAAACGAACGCCAUCAGCAGGCAAAGCCAUGCACAUACCCAAACCAGCAGUAAGUGAUGAGAAAAAUAUCAACGCAUUUGUGGGAACUCCAGUGCAGAAACUGGACCUCCCAGAGAACUUAACUGGCAGCAAGAGACGGCUACAAACUCCCAAGGAAAAGGCCCAGGCUCUAGAAGACCUGUCUGGUUUUAAAGAGCUCUUCCAGACACCAAGUCACACUGAGGAAUCAAUGACUAAUGAUAAAACUGCCAAAGUAGCCUGCAAAUCUUCACAACCAGACCCAGACAAAACCCCAGCAAGCUCCAAGGGACGGCUGAAGACAUCCCUGGGGAAAGUGGGCGUGAAAGAAGAGCUCCGAGCAGUUGGCGAGCUCACACAGACGUCAGGGGAGACUACACACACACACACAGAGCCAACAGGAGAUGGUAAGAGCAUCAAAGCAUUUAUGGAGUCUCCAAAGCAGAUCUUAGAUUCAGCAGCAAGUCUAACUGGCAGCAAGAGGCAACCGAGAACGCCUAAGGGAAAGUCUGAAGUCCGUGAAGACCUGGCCGGCUUCAAAGAUCUCUUCCAGACACCUGGUCACACUAAGGAAUCAAUGACUAAUGAAAAAACUACCAAAAUAUCCUACAGAUCUUCACAACCAGACCCGGUGGACACCCCAACGAGCUCCAAGCCACAGCCCAAGAGAAGUCUCAGGAAAGCAGAUGAAGAAGAAUUUUUAGCAUUUAGGAAACGAACACCAUCAGCAGACAAAGCCAUGCACACACCCAAACCAGCAGGAGGUGAAGAGAAAGACAUCAACACAUUUACGGGAACUCCAGUGCAGAAACUGGACCCGCCAGAAAAUUUACCUGGCAGCAAGAGACGGCUACAAACUCCUAAGGAAAAGGCCCAGACUCUAGAAGACCUGACUGGGUUCAGAGAGCUUUUCCAGACACCAUGCACUGAUAACCCCACGACUGAUGAGAAAACUACCAAAAUACUCUGCAAAUCUCCACAACCGGACCCAGUGGACACCCCAACAAGCACAAAACAACGGCCCAAGAGAAGCCUCAAGAAAGCAGACGUAGAGGAAGAAUUUUUAGCAUUCAGGGAACUAACGCCACCAGCAGCAGGCAAAGCCAUGCACACGCCUAAACCAGCAGUAGGUGAAGAGAAAGUCAUCAACACAUUUGUGGGGACUCCAGUGCAGAAACCGGACCUGCCAGGAAACUUACCUGGCAGCAAGAGACGGCCACAAACUACUAAAGAAAAGGCCAAGGCUCUAGAAGACCUGGCUGGCUUCAAAGAGCUCUUCCAGACACCAAGUCACACUGAGAAAUCAAUGACUGACGACAAAAUCACAGAAGUAUACUGCAAAUCUCCACAACCAGACCCAGUCAAAACCCCAACAAGCUCCAAGCGACGACUCAAGACAUCCUUGGGGAAAGUAGGCGUGAAAGAAGAGGUCCUACCAGUCAGCAAACUCACACAGACGUCAGGGAAGACCACGCAGACACACAGAGAGACAGCAGGAGAUGGAAAGAGCAUCAAAGUGUUUAAGGAAUCUGCAAAGCAGAUGCUGGACCCAGCAAACUAUGGAACUGGGAUGAAGAGGUGGCCAAGAACGCCUAAGGAGGAGGCGCGAUCACUAGAAGGCCUGGCCGGCUUCAAAGAGCUCUUCCAGACACCAGGUCCCACUGAGGAAUCAACGACUGAUGACAAAACUACCAAAAUAGCCUGCAAAUCCCCACCACCAGAAUCAGUGGACACCCCAACAAGCACAAGAAGGCGGCCCAAAACGCCUUUGGGGAAAAGGGAUGUAGAGAAAGAGCUCUCAGCCCUGAAGAAGCUCACACAGACCACACACACAGACAAAGUACCAGAAGGUGAGGAUAAAAGCAUCAAAGCAUUUAAGGAAACUGCAAAACAGAGACUGGACUCAGCAGCAAGUGUAACUGGUAGCAAGAAGCAGCUGAGAACUCCUAAGAGAAAAGCCCAACCCCUAGAAGACCUGGCUGGCUUGAAAGAGCUCUUCCAGACACCAAUAUGCACUGACAAGCCCACAACUCAUGAGAAAACUACCAAAAUAGCCUGCAGAUCUCCACAACCAGACCCAGUGGACACCCCAACAAUCUUCAAGCCACAGUCCAAGAGAAGUCUCAGGAAAGCAGAUGUAGAGGAGGAAUUCUUAGCACUCAGGAAGCUAAUACCGUCAGUAGGGAAAGCCAUGCACACGCCCAAACCAUCAGGAGGCGAUGAGAAAGACAUGAAAGCAUUUCUGGGAACUCCAGUGCAGAAAUUGGAUCUGCCAGGAAAUUUACCUCGCAGCAAGAGACGGCCACAAACUCCUAAGGAAAAGGCCCAGCCUCUGGAAGAUCUGACUGGCUUCAAAGAGCUCUUCCAGACACCAGGCACUGACAAGCCCACGACUGAUGAGAAAACUACCAAAAUGCCCUGCAAAUCUCCACAACCAGACCCAGCAGACACCCCAGCAAGCACAAAGCAACAGCCCAAAAGAAGUCUUAGGAAAGCAGACGUAGAGGAAGAAUUUUUAGCACUCAGGAAACUAACGCCGUCAGCAGGCAAAGCCAUGGACACACCCAAACCAGCAGUAAGUGAUGAGAAAAAUAACACAUUUAUGGAAAUUCUAGUGCAGAAUCUGGACCUGCCAGGAAAUUUACCUGGCAGCAAGAGACGGCCACAAACUCCUAAGGAAAAGGCUGAGGCUCUAGAGGACCUGGCUGGCUUCAAAGAGCUCUUCCAAACACCAGGUCACACUGAGGAAUCAAUGACUGAUGACAAAAUGACAGAAGUAUCAUGCAAAUCUCCACAGCCAGAGUCAUUCAAAACCUCAAGAAGCUCCAAGCAAAGGCUCAAGAUAUCCCUGGUGAAAGUGGACAUGAAAGAAGAGCCCCUAGCGGUCAACAAGCUCACACGGACAUCAGGAAAGACUACGCAAACACACACACAGCCAACAGGAGAUAGUAAGAGCAUCAAAGCAUUUAAGGAGUCUCCAAAGCAGAUCCUGGACCCGGCAGCAAAUGUAACUGGUAGCAAGAGGCAGCUGAGAACUCGUAAGGAAAAGGCCAGUGCUCUAGAAGACCUGACUGGCUUCAGAGAGCUCUUCCCAGCACCAGGUCACACUGAACAGUCAAUGACUGUUGACAAAAACACAACAAUGCCCUGCAAAUCUCCCCCAGCAGAACCAGCAGACACUGCCACGAGCACAAAGAGAUACCCCAAGACACAUCUCAGGAAAGAAGUGAAAGAGGAGCUCUCAGCACUUGAGAGGCUCACACAAAGCUCAGGGCAAAGCACACACACACACAAAGAAUUAGCAAGUGGUGAUGAAGGCAUCAAAGUAUUUAAACAACGUGCAAAGAAGAAACCGAACCCAGUAGAAGAGGAACCCAGCAGGAGAAGGCCAAGAGCACCUAAGGAAAAGGCCCAACCCCUAGAAGACCCGGCCGGCUUCAAAGAGCUCUCUGAACCAUCAGGUCACACUCAGGAACCACUGACUGCUGGCAAAGCCACUAAAAUACCCUGCAAAUCUCCCCCAGUAGAAGUAGUAGACACCACAGCAAACACAAAGAGGCAUCUCAGGACACGUGUGCAGAAGGUACAAGUAAAAGAAGAGCCUUCAGCAGUUAAGUUCACACAAACAUCAGGGGAAACCACGGACACAGACAAAGAACCAGUAGGUGAAGAUAAAGGCAUCAAAGCAGUGAAGGAAUCUGCAAAACAGACACUGGCUCCAGCAGCAAGUGUAACUGGCAGCAGGAGACGGCCAAGAGCACCCAGGGAAAAUGCCCAAGCCCUGGAAGACCUGGCUGACUUCAAAGACCCAGCACCAGGUCACACCGAAGAAUCAAUGACUGAUGACAAAACCACUAAAAUACCCUGCAAAUCAUCACCAGAACUAGUAGACACUGCAACAAGUUCAAAGAGACGGCCCAGGACACGUGCCCAGAAAGUAGCAGUGAAGGAGGAGCUGUUAGCAGUCGGCAGUCUCACACAAACAUCAGGGGAGACUGCGCACACCGACAAAGAGCCGGUAGGCGAGGACAAAGGCAUGAAAGCAUUUAAGCAACCUGCAAAGCAGAAGCUGGACGCAGAAGAUGUCAUUGGCAGCAGGAGACGCCCAAGAGCACCUAAGGAAAAGGCCCAACCCCUAGAAGAUCUGGCCAGCUUCCAAGAGCUCUCUCCAACACCAGGCCACACUGAGGAACUGGCAAAUGGUGCUGCUGAUAGCUUUACAAGUGCUCCAAAGAAAACACCUGACAGUGGAAAACCUCUAAAAACAUCCAGAAGAGUUCUUCGGGCCCCUAAAGUAGAACCCGUGGGAGACCUGGUAAGUACCACAGACCCUGUAAAAUCACAAAGCAAAAGCAACACUUCCCUGCCCCCACUGCCCUUCGAGAGGGGAGGUGGCAAAGAUGGAAGUGCCACAGGAACCAAGAGACUGCGCUGCAUGCCUGUUCCGGAGGAGAUCGCGGAGGAGCUGCCAGCCAGCAAGAAGCAGAGGGUUGCUCCCAGGGCGAGAGGCAAAUCACCAGAACCCGUGGUCAUCAUGAAGAGAAGUUUGAGGACUUCUGCAAAAAGAAUUGAACCUGUGGAAGAGCUGAACAGCAACAACAUGAAAACCAACAAAGAGGAACACAAAUUACAAGACUCGGUCCCUGAAAAUAAGGGAAUAUCCCUGCGCUCCAGACGCCAAAAUAAGACUGAUGUAGAACAGCAAAUAACUGAGGUCCUGGUAUUAGCAGAAAGAAUAGAAAUAAACAGAAAUGAAAUGAAGCCCAUGAAGACUUCCCCAGAGAUGGACAUUCAGAAUCCAGAUGACGGAGCCCGGAAACCCAUAUCUCGAGGCAAAGUCAGUGAAAACAAAAGGUGCUUGAGGUCUGUGAGACAGAAUAAGAGCUCCCAGCCUAAGGUGGCAGAGGAGAGCGGAGGGCAGAAGAGCGCAGGGGUUCUCAUGCAGAAUCAGGAAGGGAAAGGAGAAGCAGGAAAUUCAGACUCCAUGUGUUUGAGAUCAAGAAAGACGAAAAGCCAGUCUGCAGCAAGCUCUUUGGAGAGCGAAUCUGCACAGAGAGUAACGCGGAGUGUCAAGAGGUGUGCAGAAAAUCCAAAGAAGGCUGAGGACAUUGUGUACGUCAAGAAAAUAAGAACCAGAAGUCACCGGGACAGUGAAGAUAUUUAACAAAAAAAAUCGAACUGGGAAAAAUAUAAUAAAGUUACUUUCGUGAUAAGUUCUAAUACAGUUUUUGUCAUAAAUUACAAGUGAAUUCUGUAAGUAAGACUGUCAAUCUGCUUAAGGGAAGAAAACUUUGAAUUUGCUGGGUCUGAAUCGGCCUCGUAAACUCCACUGGGAGCACUGCUGGGCUCCUGGACUGAGAACAGUUGAACACUGGGGGCUUUGGGAAGGAGUUUGGACCAUGCUUUGCUCUCAGCUUUGCGGAAUGAAGCCUUGAGGUCUAUCAUCACCCACAGCCACCCUACAGCAGCCUUAACUGUGACCCUUGCCACACUGUCAUUGUUUAAAUGUUUGCCUGUGUCCUCCAGGGCAUGAUGGCAGGAACAUCUAUGCUCGUCUGUCCCAGCACUGAGCAGGCACUUGGUAAACAUGAAUGAGAGGGUGAGUGCACCGAUGAAUGGAGCUUUUAAGAUCUGUCUCCAAUGGCUAGGCCCAGGGCAUUUGCUCCCCACAUUAAGGCAAUUGGACAUCUGCACAGGACAGUCCUAUUUUUGGUGUCCUUUCCUUUCUGAAAAUCAAGUGCUUUAGAGAAUGACUUGUGAGCACAUCUUUAGGGACCAAGAGUGAGUUUCUGUAAGGAGUGACUCAUGGCUUGCCUUUGUCUCUCGGGAAUACUUUUCUAACUAGGACUGCUCUCACCUGAGACAUUCACCCGCGGAAUCUCAGGGUCCCGGGCUGUGGCACAUCAUGACCUCAACCAGGCUGCUCAUCUCCAGCUUCCCUGUCAUUGAAAGCUUCAGAAGUUUACUGAUUCUGCUCCUGCCUGUUCUCUUUCUGACUCUGACAGCCCAAUGCCAGCCGGUAUAUGAAGUGACACCAGUACUCUGAAAAGCAUCAUCGUCCUUGGAGGGACUGAGCACUCAGCCUUUCAGCCACGAUUUCAGGAUCGCUUCCUUGUGAGCCGCUGCCUCCAAAAUCUCCUUUGAAGCUCAGACAUCUUUCUCCAGCUUCAGGCCUGUAGACAUAACUUGUUCAUCUCCAUUUACUUUCCAGUUUGUCCCCUCUCCUCUCUGUAUUCCCCAAAUCAGAGAAUAGCCCACCAUCCCCCAGGUCACCUGUCUGGACUCCCCAUUCACCCACUUUGCCAGGUGUAGGUGAGGAUAACACACCAGACAGGGUAGCUGUCCCCCAGCAAGUGCCCUGUGUGGUCAUUGCACCCCCAUCUCCACGCUUGUCUCCCCAGUGUCUGGCGGGGAGCCACGUGACAUGAAUAUUCGCUGAAGGAAUGCAGAAAUCAGUGGUACUGACUUGUGCUGUAUUGGCUGCCAUGAUAGUGUUAUAACAGCAUCGUCCAUGAUCAUAAGGGAGAAUGACAUUCUGCUUGAGGGAGGGAAUAGAAGGGCAGGGAGGGGACAUCUAAGGGCUUCACAGGGCUGCAAAGAGUACGGGGAUUGCGCCAGGGCAGAACAAGGGAGGGUAUUCAAGGAGGAGCGGCUCUUAGCGGAGGCACUUUGGAAGGUGUGAGGCAUAAAUGCUUCCUUCUAGGUAGGCCAACUUCAAAACCUUUAGUAGGAAUGUUGCUAUGAUCAAGUUGUUCUAACACUUCAGACUUAGUAGUAAUUAUGAACCUUACAUAGAGAAAAAUUGUAUCUAGCCAUAUGCCUGUGGAGUGGAAUAUUUUGUUUAGUAGAAAAAUCCUUUAGAGUUCAGUUCUAACCAGAAAUCUUGCUGAAGUGUGUCAGCACCUUUUCUCACCCUGGUAAGUACAGUAUUUCAAGAGCACGCUAAGAGUGGUUUUCAUUUUACAGGGCUGUUGACGGAUUAGAAACGUUCAUUCAAGGGCUACCGCUGUGUUUAAUAGAUGAACACCACUUCUACACAACCCUCCUUCACUUUGUAUGGUGGGGAGGGAGGGAGCUGACAAAUACUGCCCAUUGCCCUGGGCUGACUACAUUUGAGAACAAAUACCCACCCAUUCCCACCAUGGCAUGGUAACUUCUCUGAGCUUCAGUUUCCAAGUGAAUUUCCGUGUGAUAGGACAUUCCCAAUAAAUAGAAGCUGUUUUUACUUUUUCGCCUCCCAGGGCCUGUGCGAUCUGGUCCCCCAGCCUCUCCUGAGCUCUCUUACUCAACUGUACCCACUGUCUCCUGCCUGCCUUUGGCAGGCAUCCCCAGCCAGCACACACUCCCUGCUGUUUUCACUGCCUGGAACUUUCACUCCGGCCCCACCAAGAUCAUUGCAUCCAGUCCUGAACUCAGCUUAAGGGCGGCUUCCUGCCUGUGGGCUACCUCACCCCAUGCCUGUCCUCCAGGCUCGGGCAGGUUCGUAGUUUGCCUGAAAUUGUUCUGUACCUCUUUGUAGCACGUAGCAUUGUGGACACCAAACCACUAAUUGAGUUUCUGGCUCCCCUCCUGGGGUUGUAAGUUUUGUUCAUUCAUGAGGGCCGACUAUGUAUUUCCUGGUUACUGUAUCCCAGUGACCAGCCACAGGAGAUGCCCAACAAAGUGUGUGAUGAAAUGGUCUUAAAA